UUCAAAUCAGUCAUAACUAGUCAAGAUGAAGAUGGCAUAUCUGAAGUAGAAUUCAAAAUUGAGGACGAAGUUGUAAAAGAGUCUCCUAGCAUCUUGGAUUCCUCAGCUUUAACAAGAGAGAGACACAUCUCAAUUCAAAGGCAACUUGCUGAUCUAGAGAAGUUAGCUUUUGUAACUGAAGGAGAUUUUGAGUCUGCCAAUUCAUUGAAUUCAGAUAAUCUUGAUGCAGGAAACAAACAGUCUUGUCCAUUAUGCCCUAGGGAAAAAUUUAGAGCUUGUAAUAGCCAUAAGCUUCGUCGUCACCUUCAAAAUUUACACUGGAAAGUCUCAGUUGAAUUUGAAGGUUACAGAAUGUGCAUCUGUCACUUACCUUGUCGACCAGUGAAACCAAACAUUAUUGGAGAACAGAUUUCCAGUAAAAUGGGCGCCCAUUAUCAUUGUAUCAUUUGUUCAGCAACAAUCACCAGAAGGACCGAUAUGCUAGGACAUAUUAGGCGCCAUGUGAAUAAAGGAGAGACUAAAUCCAAGUUUAUUGCUGCAUCUGCUGCUAAACCACCUAAUGAAAUUUUGAAAGAAGCAGACACAGAUGUACAAGUUUGUCCUAACUAUUCUAUACCUCAGAAAACAGAUUCCUACUUUAAUCCCAAAAUGAAACUAAAUCGGCAGUUAAUAUUUUGUACGUUGGCUGCUUUGACUGAGGAACGAAAACCUUUGGAGUGUCUGGAUGCCUUUGGAGCAACUGGAAUAAUGGGAUUACAAUGGGCAAAACAUCUUGGAAAUGCAGUGAAGGUUACAAUUAAUGACUUGAACGAAAACUCUGUGACAUUGAUUCAGGAAAAUUGCCAUUUAAACAAAUUAAAAGUGGUGGUAGACAAUAAAGAAAAGGGAGAAAAUGAUGAUGUUCUUGAAGAAGGAGAGGAAAACUUUGGUAAUAUUAAGGUGACCAAAAUGGAUGCCAAUGUACUGAUGCAUUUGAGAUCUUUUGAUUUUAUACACCUAGACCCUUUUGGAACAUCAGUCAACUACCUAGAUUCUGCAUUCAGAAAUAUAAGAAACCUUGGCAUAGUGUCAGUGACUUCUACAGAUAUCAGUUCUCUAUAUGCCAAGGCACAACAUGUUGCCCGGCGCCACUACGGCUGUAAUAUUGUCCGAACUGAAUAUUACAAGGAGCUUGCAGCCAGAAUUGUUGUAGCUGCAGUGGCAAGAGCUGCAGCCCGAUGUAACAAAGGCAUUGAAGUACUGUUUGCAGUGGCUCUGGAACAUUUUGUGUUGAUAGUUGUAAGAGUUUUGAGGGGCCCCACUUCUGCAGAUGAAACAGCCAAGAAGAUUCAAUACCUGAUCCACUGUCAGUGGUGUGAAGAGAGAAUUUUUCAGAAGGAUGGUAAUAUGGUAGAAGAAAAUCCAUAUAGACAGCUGCCUUGUAACUGUCAUGGAAGCAUGCCUGGGAAGACAGCAAUAGAACUUGGACCUUUAUGGUCAAGUUCCCUUUUCAAUACUGGAUUCCUCAAGAGAAUGUUAUUUGAAUCUCUCCAUCAUGGUUUAGAUGACAUUCAGGCCCUAAUAAAGACAUUAAUCUUUGAAUCAGAGUGUAGUCCACAAUCUUCAGUUCACAUACCUUCCAAUCUCAACAAGCAAGAAGAAUACGGUGUAUUUAUUAAAACUACAGAUGAUACCACAACAGAUUACAUUGCACAAGGAAAGAGAAAAAGUAAUGAAACAAUCACACACUUAACAAAGAGGCAGAAGAGCGACAGCAGUACUGAACACCCUCCCUUUUACUACAACAUUCACAGACACAGCAUUAAAGGAAUGAAUAUGCCAAAGUUAAAAAAGUUUUUGUGCUAUCUUUCCCAAGCAGGCUUUCGAGUAAGCCGAACGCAUUUUGACCCAAUGGGUGUUCGUACAGAUGCACCUCUGAUGCAGUUUAAAUCUAUUCUUUUAAAGUAUAGCACGCCCACCUACACUGGAGGACAGCCUGAGGGCCACGUCCAGUCAGCAUCUGAAGAUACAGUAGCUGACAGGGUUGAAGUGUCAGUGAAUGACAAAGCAGAAGCGAGCAGCUGCACGAGAUGGUAAACAGGAAUGCGUAUGUGUAUAGGUGACCUGACAGUUCUCUCUAGCAACUGUGGUUUGUUUUCUAUUCUUUCAAGUCAGUGAUGUUAAAAUAAAUUACAGUAAGUGCUGUUUUCACUCAGAAAAUUAGCAGUUUCUAACUUGGUUUGGGAGCUAUGCUUUCCAAGUUUUUAUUUUAAAGAAAACAAAACUUUAAUGAAAACAUUUCCUAGGAUGUCAAAUUAAUGAUUGAGAUCACCCUGUUUAAUAAUUCAGAAAAUUUUCACAAAGUGUUUGCAGUUUUAUAUGGUAUGGAAGCCAUCCUUUACUAUUCCUAAUUACAUCUCUCCUUAAACUGAUUCAUGUUUUCUUGUUUGUAGCAUACGAAAUGAAACUAUUAUCCUGUACAUGUUAAAAUGACCCUGAAUAGAACAACAGUUCCUUCCAGGCCACUCAUAUAUUUUGCAAUUGCAUAGCUAAAAUAAUUGUUUUAAGAAAACUACACCUCCCCAUAAAUUGACGUUUUUAAUUUAUUACUAGCUUUUGAGAAUUAUUUGUCUGGGAUAGAAAUACAUUUUAAGUGUAAGCUUUAGAUGACUAAACUUCAGAGUAAGGUUUUGUCAAUGUAAAUUGAGACCACUGUUCUUUAUAAAAAUUGUUCACAAGCACUGAAGUUCUGAAAAGAUUUUGUUUAGCAAAUUGGGUGGUCUCAAGUGCCUCAUUUAAUGCACGAACAAUAUUCAUUUGCUUGGUUAUGCUACCUCUCAGAAGUAUAAAACUUAUUAAUUUAUGAAGUGAAGAUUCUUGGGGGCUUGUGUAGUUGGAGGGGGGAUGCGAGCUAAUUUUAGGCUAACCUAUGAAAGUUGAGUUGGAAAAAGUCUGUUCCCAUUAAUAAAUAUUGCUUUUGCCUCAUUUGAAUAUAAUGAAAGGACUUGUUAUAAAGCUUAGAUUUUUGUUUCUAGGAUUUAAUCCAAAUUUACUUUGAAGUGUUCCUCAAAGGAAAUAACUUUUUACAAGCCUUUAAGUUAGGGGGUUGGGGAUGUAGAGGGGGUUAUAACUGAAAGGCUUAAGUGUACAACAUUAAAAAAAGCACCCCAUAACAUACAAAAUACCAGGGAGUGCGAUUUAGGUUAAAAAAGAGUACUGAAUUAGUAGAAACCAAAGAAAAUGUGGUAGCACAUUACUGAGGAUAUUUUUGUUUUCUCCAGUUAACAGAAUCAUACAUUUAAAUCAAGGCGCUUAAGUUGGUUUCUAUGACCAUUAAAAAUACCAAUUCUUGGGGCUCUCCCUGGUGGCACAAGGGGUUAAAGCACCACAUUAUGAAGCUCUCUG